AUGGUUGCAAAGGGCACUGUAGGAAUUCUGAUUGUUCUGUUUAACACAAUCUGUGCUAAUAUUGAUUUAAACUAUAAUCAAGUCCCUGUAGCCAACCCCUUGUUAUUUGGACGACGUGGAAUCAAUCCGGACAUGUCCAGUUUAUUUUUUGGUAAGAGGAGUGGAAACAGUGAUCACAGGGACUUGAGGAAAAUGAAAGAUACAUGUAAAGCGGUGUUAUCCUCAUGUAAAAUAUUAUUCUCGGAUUAUGAAGAUGAUACAGUGAGAAAUAAGGUCCAAGAUGGAUUUGGAAGAUUCAAAUAA